GGAGGCUGCGGAUCCCGCCGCCUCUCGCGGCCCUUGGCGCCGGCAAAGGUUCAUCCGGGCUUGUGUGUUGCCGGCCGGCUCGGUUUGUUCGUUAGGAGCCAAUGGCAGAGGCUGGCGCGACGCUGCGAGGCCUUGCGAGGCCGUCGGAGACGGAGAUGGUAGCCGCGAAAGAAACGGAGGCCGCUGUGGAGCGGCAUCAGAAGCUGAUUGCAGGAAAGGCCCACACAGAAGGUGGCUCUGCACGAAUGUCGCUUCUCAUCUUGGUAUCUAUCUUCUUAUCUGCUGCCUCUCUUAUGUUUCUGGUAUAUAAAAACUUUCCACAGCUUAGUGAGGAAGAGAGAGAAUGUAUAAAGGUUCCCAGAGACAUGGAUGAUGCUAAAGCUUUAGGAAAAGUGCUCUCUAAAUACAAAGAAACCUUCUAUGUACAAGUAUUAGUAGCCUAUUUUGCUACCUAUGUUUUCCUGCAAACUUUUGCUAUUCCUGGGUCUAUAUUUUUGAGUAUACUUUCGGGAUUUCUAUACCCAUUUCCAUUAGCUCUCUUUCUUGUCUGCUUGUGCUCUGGCCUUGGAGCUUCUUUCUGUUAUAUGCUGUCUUAUUUAGUUGGGAGACCAGUUGUGUAUAGAUAUCUAACAGAGAAAGCUGUGAAAUGGUCAAAACAGGUUGAACGGCAUAGAGAACACCUCAUUAACUACAUAAUAUUUUUGAGAAUAACGCCAUUCCUUCCUAAUUGGUUUAUCAAUAUAACCUCUCCAAUAAUAAAUGUGCCAUUGAAAGUAUUUUUCAUUGGUACUUUUCUAGGUGUCGCACCACCAUCUUUUGUAGCAAUUAAAGCAGGAACAACACUUUACCAACUUACGACUGCAGGUGAAGCCGUUUCUUGGAACUCUGUUUUUGUUCUCAUGAUUCUAGCUAUUCUCUCUAUUUUGCCAGCUGUCUUCCAGAAGAAACUUAAAGAAAAGUUUGAAUGAAGAUCAUCCUGGAUCUUCACUUCCCAUAUUUCAUCUCAGGAUCAGCACUAUUUGUAUGAUCAAUUUUUAUAGGAUCUUUAGCAAAUUAAAAAAAAAGGAGACAAUUGUAAGAGAAACAUAUUUCUGAACUUGCUCAGUUUUAUUUAUGGGGCACAAAGGCAAAAUAAUUGCAGUUGGAAUAAAAUUAAGGUGACUUGCUUUUUAAAAAUGUGAAGUAUUGUUUUAUGUGAUGUGAUGACUUAAUGUGAAUAAUUCAUUCUUAUCCCUCCUUUCUGUUCUUUCCUUCAUCGUUUAAAAGCCCUGAAAAGAACAAUGGUCAACCCAGUGGAAUUCUUGAGUAAUGAAGAAUGGGCAGAUAAUUUGAGCAAUGAUGCAGAUGUUCCUGGGUUUCUUUUUAUUUGUUAUUUUACAUUAACCAUGGAAAUGCUGAAAGGCAUCAAGUGACUUUCCUUUUAUAAAUGUUGGUGGGAGGGGCUGACACAUUAAAAAUUCUAGGAUUUUCAGUUUGAAAGUUUGCCAGUAUUUCAGUUGUAUGGCAGCUAUUUCCAAAAUUGCUAAAUUUUAUGCAACUAAUUAUUCAGCUGUCAAAUGUAACAAUCAUUAGCAUAUGUUUGAAAUAGGGAAAGGGGGGUUACGUUAGCAACAGGUAGGUAACUCCUCCAAAUACUUCAUUAAGUGGAAUAAGUAUGCAUCAUUUUUUAGAUUUUAAAUUAUAACAUGACCAUGCAGAACUUGAAAGCAUUGCCUCUGAUCCAAAGAUCCAUGGGUGCCCCAGCUGUGCACACUGUGUCCUAACAAGUACAUGUCCUCAUUUAUUUUCUUGAGACUGCAGUUGAAAUAAAUGUAAAGCACGUAAGCAUGAGGCAAAUCAAUUUGUGCCUGUAUGCAUGGAUCAGGGAAAUCCUGUACAAACUGUGUAUUUUGUACAUUGUUCUUGCAAACUGGAAGACAUGCCCCUGUUCUGAUGGAAGGCUAACUGAUCAACUGUAAAACAAAAAUUCAUUUUUUGAAAUGGAACUGAUUUAUGGUUUUUCCAGAAUUACUGGAAUGUUUUGAUACUUUUCCUUGAAUCUUUAUUCCUGUGACCAAGAGGUGUUUUCUGUUACGGGUUUCCUUUAUACUGUUCCAGUUCAAAUGGCUCAUAAGCACAUACCUGUCUCUAGGAAUGACUACUUUGUAAAGCCAUUUUUAUAAGAAGUUACACAGCAAGCGGUAUAACUGUCACUUGACCUUUUUUCAUAAGCAAAUCCAGAUUACAUGCCAGUUUCCUGUCUUUCUCUGAGCCAAGGCCAGUUUGCAAAGCAUAGUAUGCAGGCAGUUACGCACAAGUAAUACUGGCUUAGAUAAAGAAGUGUAGUCUAAGGUUAUUCCAUUGUACCUGUUGGCCUUCUUUUGGCUCCUUACACAUUUAUGGGCAUCCUUUUGCCCACUGAAUUACAUUCCCCUACUACCUAUAAGCCAUCUAAGGUGUAGAGCACCUUUUGGCUUUGAAUAAAGGCCCUAUAUGACUCCAGCUCAAGAGGAGUUGAGAAUAAUGAAUAGUACUGUAAUGGAUCAGACUAAGAUCCCCAAGAUUCUUGGCAAAUAAUCUGAUACAUAGGAGGCAAAAUUUACAGUUGUGGAAUAUAGACAUGGUGAGAACUCGUGUUUAAAAAAGGUUGGUGCAAUUCACAAAGUCACAAGUCUUUUUUUUUUUCAAAUCAAUUUUUAUUGACUGGGUUAACAUACAUUUCCAUAAUACAUAAUACAACUACAUUUACCCUUUAAAUCAGUAUAUAUGCCCCCAUCCCUUCCCCUUCUUCCUUUUCCCUUUUUGACUCCCAACAGCACUAUAACCCCUUUAUUUCUUAUUAUUAUCUCUAUUCAAAUACUUGUCCCUAUUAUAAAAGGUAAAGCUUUUACUUAUUCUCUAUACAUCUUAAUAAUUGUCCAGAGACCACAACUGUCCUUUCACAUCCCACUCGCUUUCAAGAUACUCCUCAAGUUUCCCCCAGUCAUUUAAAAAUUCACUUGGAUUCUGUUCUUAAAGAGUCACACGUCUUGUGAAAAAUAGAAAGGAGUUAAGGAUGGAAAUAGAUUAUAGACUUUGGAACUCUGUCUUGGCUCAACUGUCUCUUAAAAUAUUUACAAAUAUUGGCCCUACUGUCUUUUUAAAUAUUUACAAAUAGGAACCACACAUACCCCAAAUUUUGGUUGGUAUGUUGAUGGCAAAGGUAGUGAAUCCAUCCCAUACCUACUGUUUGACCUCCAUGUAGUUUUCUCAAAUGUGUAUCGAGAAAGGGAUAUGCAGAAAAAGUUCACUCUUUGUUUACCGAGCACCACAGUCCCAGUCCAUACUGGUCUUCCUGAUUUAAAUUUGUUGACAUUUAAAAUGCUGAGAAAAUCUGAUUACUGAUCUUCAGUAUCUUGUACUCCAGUGUCUGGGCCUUAGCAGUAUCUUAAGUUUUGGUUUAUUUACUGUCUACUUUUAAAUUUGGUUGUAUAAAUGGAAAGCACUAUACAGAAUGCUGUUGCUGGGAAUUCUGUGGCUGAAGUUUCACAUUGCUUAAUAAUGCUUAACUGGGUGACAGUUUAUUAGAAAAUUUUCUAGCACUCAGAAUUUUGAGGAAGUGACUUGUUUGCAUCCUUGUAAAGUGAUUUCCCUCAUCCUGAAAAUUUCUUCUUUUCAAUGGAGCAUUUGAAAUACGAGAAUAUAGAAGUGUUGGAAGUGCUGGCACCUUCUGCAACUUUGUUUUCCUGUAACAGUGUGGACUGAGUUAUUUUAUCACAGUAUUGUGUGUAAUGCCCAGGGAAUAUGUGUAUAUAAUUUUUGUUCUGUGUGUUCUAUUUAUGUAGUUUUUAUUGCCACAACUAUUUUUCAGUGUGUUUAAUGAAUUAGUAUGGCGGCAUAUUGUUUGAUUCCCUAACUAGCCAGCGUAUUUUAUCACUUAUAUAAAUUGUUCAAAAAUGGACCAAUACUAUAUGUAACAACUCAUGCCAUUAACAUGGUGCUGAACCUUUUUGGCCUGAAUAGUAAAACUAUCUGUAGCAGAGUUCUCAUGCACUUGAUGUUCCAGGCAUGCAAUUUGGUACAGACUUACUCCAGCGUCAGUUGAAAUCAAUGAGCUUAGAGUAGAGUAACUGCAUAGGGUUGUGAUGAAGAUCAGCUUUCUAUAAGUAUUGUGGUGUUCUUAUGGAUUUGAGUCAAUUUAGAGUCAAUUUUUCCUUCUAUCCUGUUUUCUGUUCAGGAUACCAUUUAACAUGAUGGAGUUUGAUUUAGGUGUUUUGAAACCUUUUGUACCACAGAACAGCCUUAGAUUUUAUACCUGUGUGGUUUUAUUACUUUUCAGUGGUGUAAAUAUGAAAUAAUUUGUAAUGCAAUUAGCUUCAUAAACUAAAGCAGCUCUUUAGUUUGCAUGGAAGUUCUUAGCUGUAACAUUUUUUAGAAACUGGCUUAUACCCCACUUUUCUUCAUCUUAAGGAAGCAUCUAGAAUGAUUACAGGAUCAGUAUGUCAGCAUGUAGAAUUUAGUUUGUUGUAUUUUUAAGUCCUCAAGUUCUGGAAAGCACUGGCAAUACAUGAACAAAUUAAAUAAGCCUAAAAUA